AUGUUGCCAGGUCCAUGGCGUCAGCAGUUGAGCUCGCUGCAGCGUCGAGCCCGGAACCGCCACGCUCGUAUCCUAUUGACAUCAACUCGCUCUUUUACCUCUGCUCCAUCGAGUUCUAAUGGUGAUGCUGAGUUUGCUCUGGGUGUCAAGUAUCUGCUUGGCAAAUCUGAAGACGCCGGCGAAGUGGGAAGCACCACGUCGGUGCUCGGCGCCGUGCUGCACUGGACGAACGCAGCGGGGAUGGGCCAUGUACGUGCACAAGGGGCGCUAGGCAGUUUGUAUCUCAAGGGUCACGCCGGCAUUCCGCGCAACGUGGCCCUAGCUACGCAGUUUCUGCAGCAGGCAGCGGACGCCGGCCACGACGGCAGCUGCCAUGAGAUUGGAAAGCUCUUUUUCCAGGGAAACGAUGAAGUUCCGCGUGACUUGGAGCGUGCACUUCACUAUUGGACCCAGGCGGCGAAGAGUGGCCACAUGGCGGCCAACUACGACCUGGGUUACAUGUACGCACAGGGACUGCACGUGACCCAGGACGACGACAAGGCUGUGCAGCUGUAUCGCCAAGCAGCCAAGCAGAACAUGCCCGAGGCGCACCGAGCGCUCGGCAAUGCCUGUUUACACGGACGUGGUGUGGUUAAAAGUGCCGAACAGGCAGUGACACACUUCCGUCAUGCGGCCGAAGCUGGUAACGCUUUGGCCCAGUUCGAUCUUGGCGCCUGCUACAUGCUUGGUCGUGGGAUCGAGCAAGAUCACUCCAAGGCAGCGCAGCUUUUUUUCUUGGCAGCGGAAGGUGGCGUUCCUCAAGCGCAACUGUGCCUGGCGCAGUUGUUUGAAACCGGCCAUGAAAUUCCAGCAGAUUACGACAAGGCCGUGCAGUACUACCAGUUGGCGGCGAAGGGCGGACUGGAGGAGGCGACACAGGCACUUGAUCGUCUUGGCGCACCUCACCAACCGGCACAGUAA